UGACGAUUUGGUCUUUGACCAAGAUGGCAAGCAAUCCUACAUCGAAACACCGUUGAUCGAGUCCCGACAGCAGGAGUCCUUUCUCCACAGGAUAAAGAGGAAUCUCUUCUCCAUCUUUAAUCCUUUGUCGACAAAUACCACAACUGAGCCACCGCCAGAAUUUAUUCCAGAAGAAGAUGAGGAGGAGGCGAAGGAGGAAUUCGAUCACAAAUCGUCCCAGAAAUCGACGAUGGACGAACUUGCCAGAGUGGUCGAUGACGCCGAGGAUGACGAAGAAGAAACUGACGAGAACAAUCAAAUUGGAAAUGCAGCUGAAACUCGCAGGGAACCAGCGAGAUUUGCUAACACAGACGACGAAGAUUUGACUGGGUCCGGGGGCUUCGAAGGUAGUGCCGAGGACGAAAAAGGAGCUGUCACUGGAAAACAACGAAGAUAUUACCGGAUAACCUUGACAAUCGGUGAACCGUACUUGAGCGAGUACGCGGACAGAAAUAGUCCGCAGUACAAGAAGUUGAGCGCCAAUUUAACCCAGGCCCUAGAGGAGCUGUACAACCAACUCAGCCCCGACCACAACCACCAUGCCAGCGUCGUCAAGAUAUCACCAAUCGCAUCAGACAUCUUCAAGCUGCAAGUAACCAUGGACAUCGGCUUGAUGUUCUCCGACGAGAUAGAAGUUAGGAACAUCAUCGAGGAACAGCUGCAGCGGCAUUCCUUGGGCAACAUCCAACUGUACCCCGAAGGGUUCACCUUCCGAAUAUUCCAAGUUGGUACAGACGACGUCGAAGAGGAAUGCGACAAAUCCACCGAGCUCAGAUGUAGAAACGGUGCAUGCGUGCCAUUAGAUGCCAGGUGCGACGGGGUUGCUCAGUGCGACGACAAGUCCGACGAGCUCGAUUGUCCCACGAUCACGUCUGUUCCAUACUUGGAGACCGAGGAACCGGAAGAAGUAACGAUCACUAAGGACAUAGAAGGGACCGAUGACGGUCCCGACGACGUAACGUUGACACCGGUGCCGAACAAGUGUCGCGCCGACGACACGGUGCGCUGCAAGGACGGCAGUCAUUACAUUUGUUCCGUGCAGCUCUGCGAUGGCAUACAGGACUGUAACGAUGGCUCCGAUGAAAUCGAUUGCGACCACCCAGGCUGCAGCGUUGGGGAAUUCGCUUGUGACGUAUCCAGAUGCAUCUUGGAGUCCCAACGUUGCAACCACGUCGAGGACUGUAAUGAUGGGAGCGACGAACACGACUGCAACUACCCUGCCUGCAGUGUAACGCAGUUCUCUUGCAGAAACGGUCAGUGCAUCGACAUAGAGGCGCGCUGCAAUGGCGUCCAGGACUGCCAUGAUAAUUCCGACGAACGAAAUUGCCCCUGCACGGAAGACCAAUUCGAAUGCACCCCGGGAUUUUGCGUGCCAGUGUCGAAACGCUGCGACGGUGUCGUCGAUUGCAUCGGCGGAAUGGAUGAGGAAAAUUGUGGGAACAUGACCGAGCUCUGCCGGUCAGACGAAUUCGAGUGCGCCAGCGGAAGUUGCAUCAGCAUAAGCGCGAGAUGCGACGGUCGUUCCGACUGUCCUGAUCGUUCCGACGAGUACAAUUGCAACGUGACCACCUGUAGCAACGAGGAGUACCAAUGCAUAGACGGCACCUGCAUAAGCAUGAGCAAGAGGUGUGACCAUGUGCCCGACUGCCGGAACGGCGAAGACGAGAGACAGUGCGGUUGCGGAGAAGCGGAGUUUCGCUGCGCGGACGGCUGGUGCAUCGGCUACGAGUUGCAGUGCAACGGGGUGGAGGAGUGCUCUGACGGCUCUGACGAGAGGGAUUGCGAAAAAGUACCGUGGCGGAACGUGUACAAUGACAGGGCAAUUUGGGAGAAAUUCAUGUUGCAACGGAGGAACAUGAACCGCGAACGGACCACGAAAAAUUGGAUCAAAGAGGAGUUACUCUCGAGGAGACCAAUCAGAAGUCCUCGAUCCGUUCCCGGAGUCGAAAAACUGUUUCCUAAAGAAGCUGAAGAAACAAACACUUCAACAUCGACAAUGCCCACGAACAGUCCAAGUGAACGCUCUUCAAAAUCGGCUGACAACUUGAAGAAAGAAGGAACGAAAGUUCAAAAUGAAAAACAAAAGAAGAAACGAAAAGGAAGAAGGAGGACGAAAAACAGGGAAAGGAAAUCCAGACGAAAGAACAUGAAGAACGACUCUAGCGCCGAUCCAUUGACCUUAAAACGCAAGGAGAAUCUUCCUACACCAGUCUCGCUGUUCCUUGAUGCCAAUUCGACAGUGCCGCCAGUUGCUACAGAGAUCACCCAAACAAAACAUCUAUCAAACUACCAGAACAUAAUAAUUGACAGACAUUCUAAUAACGAUGUACCAACUAAUGCAGAAGAGCGGUACUAUUCCGGGAAAUACAUUCUUGAAGAGACCUUGAGAAGCACUUCCACGCCUGAAGAAAUUACAACAAUGAAACUAGAAGAAGAAACCACGUCUGAAGCAACUUUGAGUACACAGUUCACUGGGAGAAACCUUGAAAGAAGCUCAAUGAACGUACCUGAAGAGUUCACUAGGUAUACAGACGAGAAUUCAGAAGAGAAAGGAGAAGAAAUCACGUCUGAGGCAACUUUGAGUACACAGGUAACUGAGCGAGACAUUACAGGAAGCUCGUCAAAUGUACCUGAAGAGGCCACUAAGUAUACAGACGAGGAUUCAGAAGAGAAAGGAGAAGAAAUCACGUCUGAGGCAACUUUGAGUACACAGGUAACUGAGCGAGACAUUACAGGAAGCUCGUCAAAUGUACCUGAAGAGGCCACUAAGUAUACAGAUGAGGAUCCAGAAGAGAAAGAAGAAGAAUCCACUUCUGAAGCAACUUUGAGUACACAGUUUACUGAGAGAGACAUUAAAGGAACCUCGUCGAACGCACCUGAAGAGUUCAAUAAGUUUAUAGAUGAGGAUCCAGGAGAGAAAGGAGAAGAAAUCACGUCUCAAGCAACUUUGAGUACACAGUUUACUGAGAGAAACCUUGAAAAAAGCUCAAUGAACGUACCUGAGGAGCUCAAGGAUUAUACAGAUGAUGAUCCAGAAAAGAAGGAAGAUAAAAUUAUAUUGAACACGGCGAAUGUUACAAGAUCUUUCGAGGAAUACCCGGACAGUAGCUUCAGGCCAAUAAUUCCCGAAGAACAUGCUGAAGAGGAUCCUGAAGAAGAUGCCAGCAUGAGCCGAGAAGACAUCUACGGCUUCAAAGCGAAGAAACGCGGUGAUAUUGCAUAUUACUAUCAUAAGUACUUAGAGGGAAGCGUGACGCCUUCAGCUACGACAGUCCCCACAUUAAAGACAACCGCCAAAUGGACUGUCAAACAGGAGAAUUCAUUGUUCGAAUCCAAUGGGAAGAAUUCCAACGACACGAUAAAUCUCUUAAGCAAGGAUAGAUCGAUGAAUAAAUCCACAAGCAAUUCUUCAGUGGUGUGGGAUGAAAAUUUGAAGAAAAAUAUCAGCAAAUGUGACUCAGACGAUGUGACUCACUGCGACGAGUACUCGAAGAGUGCCCACGAAGAGAACAAGAGGAACGAGUCCCUUGGAUCGUUCGGAGAGGAAGACGUCGGAAACGUGGAUUCAGGUUUACUGGAAGAAGAAGAAAAAUUAGAGAAAGACAAGAGCAGUAAAAGGACAACGCUUGACCCAACGUUAAAGGAAGAAAGUGGGACUUGGGACACCAGCUACGUAACGCGAACAACAGUGUCACCCGACUUGGUGGAGCAGCUGACGAGCAGAAAUGAGACGAAACCUGGUAAACGUGGGAAAAAGGGAGGCAAGAAACAGAAGGAUAAGAAGGGGGAUAAAAAUAAGAACAAAGACAAGAAGAAACAGAAGGAGGGAAAGAAUCAGAGGAGGAAGAAAGAUCGCAGGAAGAAGAUAGAGGAUAAUUCCAGCACGACCGUCGACUAUUCCACCAUCGAGUACUCAACUCCCAAUCAAACCUCCUCUUUCUUCACCAAGCCUGAAGAACAACCCUCAAUGCUAAAGCACAAGGAAAAUAUUACUGACCAAAUGGUAGAAACAUCUUCAGCAUCAGCAGUCACAGAUCUCCCAACACUCGAAAUGGCAACGAAAAGGUGCAAGAAUAACUAUACAAAAAGUAUCUCGUGGCCAUGGGACUUGCCAAGACUCAAAGACGACUGUGAAGAAGAUAACACCGAUAAGCCAAGUACAAACUCGGAAGAGGCAUCUGGAGAAUGGUCAACUGCUAGCUCAACAGAGGAUCCCAUCAUUCGCGAAGAGCUCUGGAAACCGUCUUCAAGUACCAAAGACUACUCGUGCAACGACGACGAGUUUCUCUGCGAUCAGGUGGUCUGUAAGUCGAGCAGAAUGAAAUGCGAUGGGAAGGUAGAUUGCAGAGACGCCACUGACGAGUCGAACUGCGUCGAUCACACCGAAGGAAGCACGGGUUACACUUUCAUGGUCAGCAACCAGCCGAAAUGUGAAGUAUACGAAUUCAUCUGUGAUGGGAGGUGUGUCAGUAACCUGUACUCCUGCGACGGGAUCCCACAGUGCAGCGACGGAAGAGACGAAGUGGACUGUGAAGACCAAGGUAAACGAGAAUGCACACCCACGCAGUUCAAAUGCCUCACCGGAAAGUGCAUCGAGGGUGUCUACAGGUGCGACGGCCGUCCGGACUGUCCAGAUCACAGCGACGAAGAUUGCGCGAACGAAACCAUUACACACGUCACUCAGCCUACCACCCUGCCUUGGCCUGGCUGGACCGCUCAGAGUACGAGGGAAUGCGAUCCAAGCAGGGAAAUGCGUUGCGACGACGGCAAGUGUGUUCUACUACGACGCAAAUGUGACAAUAUCUUCGAUUGCCUUGACGGCAGCGACGAGCUGGGAUGUGGUGUCUGCACUCCGGCUGAAUGGAAAUGCGCCAGCGGUGAAUGUCUACCGGAAAUCGAGAGAUGCGACGGCGUGAUCCAGUGUGCUGAUGGAUCCGACGAGGAUCGAUGUGUGAACGAAUGUCCGGCUGGAAUGUUCCGCUGUAACGACGGAUUAUGCAUCGACAGUAAGAAACGCUGCGACGGCCGACCCCAUUGCAGGGACCGCUCAGAUGAGAUAGAUUGCGCUUCUCCGGGCUCCGGGCUGGACACCCCCACCUUUGAUUGUCCUGACGGCGAAUUGCCCUGCAAGAAUGGCAUUUGCAUCAACAAGAACUUCUUCUGCGACCAGAGACCUGACUGCCUGGAUGGCAGCGACGAGAGUGACUGCCCGGGACAUGGAGAUCAUGUGGUACCAACGCCAGCAAAAUGUCGGCCGGACGAGUUUCUCUGCAGCGAUGGUAGCUGUAUACCUCAGUACGCCGUCUGCGACAGAAGAGUAGACUGUCCUAAUAGGGAUGAUGAAUCCAAUUGUCCUCAAGGAUGUGGAAAGGACCAGUUCCAAUGUACGAGUGGAGAGUGCAUCAGAUCUGAUCAAAAGUGUAAUACUUACAUCGAAUGUUCUGAUGGCUCUGAUGAGGAGGGAUGCGAUCGACCAGGUCACCAUCCAAUGCCUGGACGUUGCCCAGCUGGCUACAUCAUGUGUACUACAGAUAAAGACUGUGUUCCUCAGUCCUCCAUUUGCAAUGGAGUCCCAGAAUGUAGAGAUAGAUCAGAUGAAGAAAAUUGCGAUCCAGCUAAGGAAUCGUCUCAUCUCAAUUUGAAGACAUAUCCCAGUGAACAAGUGAUAAAAGAAAAUCCGGCAAAGCAAGGUCGCGAAGUUGUCUUCCAAUGUCGUGACGAAGGUCCCAUGAGAGCCAGGGUACGUUGGCUCCGUGGGAACAAUCUUCCCUUACCUCCUGGCAGUCGGGACAUCAAUGGACGCUUGGAGAUUCCAAACAUUCAGAUGGAUCACUCUGGAUCGUACAUCUGCGAGGCUGUGGGCUAUCCUCCAUCCACUUCUGGACAACAAGUCACCGUAUACCUGACAGUAGAGAAACUGGAGCUGCCAUCCACCAGCAAACCUUACACGUGUGGAUACGACGAAGCUACUUGCAACAACAGAGAAUGUAUCCCUAAGUCCUACGUGUGCAACGGCAGAAUAGACUGUACCGAUGGAUCAGACGAAAUGCGAUGCAGUCCCCAUGGCUGCGAGCCCAACGAGUACAGGUGCAACAACACUGAGUGCGUGAGCAAAGUGUGGCGUUGCGACGGUGACAAGGAUUGCGCUGACGGAAGCGACGAAGAAAAUUGCGUAGUGAGCAGGCCGGGCUCCCCUUGUCGUUCCACAGAGUUCGCGUGUAACAGCGGCCAAUGUAUACCUAAAAGCUUCCAAUGUGACCUCGAGAAAGAUUGCAUAGACGGCACCGAUGAGAUAGGAUGUUCCCCGGUGUACAUAAUUAAGCCGCCUCCUCCGAUGAUUACCCUGGAACGUGGGGCAAUCCUAAUAAUCACUUGCACAGCAAUUGGUGUGCCCACUCCGGAGAUUAACUGGCGUCUAAACUGGGGACACAUACCCUCAAAAUGUACAAUGACAUCGGUGAACGGCACAGGCACCCUCACAUGUCCUGAUAUCCAGCCAGAGGACCAAGGAGCAUAUUCCUGCGAGGGGAUAAAUAUCGCCGGUUUCGUAUUCGCUGUGCCAGACGCUAUAGUGAUGGUAGAGAAGCCUCAAGACAUCUGCCCUAAGGGGAUGUUCAACUCCGAGGCUAGAUCCGUGGACGAGUGUAUCUCUUGCUUCUGUUUUGGAGUAGCCACCGAAUGCCGAAGUGCGAAUCUCUUCACAUAUAAAAUCCCUCCACCCUUGGACCAUCUCAGAGUCGUAUUCGUUGAACAGCGACCAGCAAUCCGAAUUAUCAGCGACGUCAGUAGCCAGCAAAUCGAGGUCACUCGACCUGCUGCGGACAGCAUUCACCUGUACACAGCGGAAGGUGCUCAUGACGAAUUGAUCAGACAGAGGCCCGAUGAUAGCAUCCCCUAUUUCGCACUGCCGGAGCACUAUCAUGGCAGCCAACUGAAGUCUUAUGGUGGCUACUUGAAGUACAGAAUCAGAUACAACGGUACUGGUACGCCUAACUCAGCGCCAGCGGUCAUCCUCAUGGGAAAUAAUUAUGUACUGGUGCACAAGGGCAAACAUGUACCACCUUAUUACGAAUCUGAGGAAUCUGUUAGAUUCUUCCAGGGUGAAUGGUUUAAGAAGCAGGGUUUCAGUGAAGUACUUGCCACUAGAGAGGACAUCAUGAUGACUCUUGCCAGAGUGGACAACAUUCUGAUCAAAGUACAGUACGACGACUCACCCUUAGAUGUUCACAUUACUAAGGUUAUAAUGGAUACUGCUGAUGUACGGAACACUGGUCUAGGGUCCGCUUCUUAUGUAGAGGAAUGCGAAUGCCCCUCCGGAUAUAGUGGCCUAUCGUGCGAGCAAUGCGCUCCUGGAUUCCUCAGACGCGAAACUGGUCCUUGGCUUGGCCAAUGCUACCAAGAUGAACAACCUUGUCCUCCAGGAUACUACGGAGACCCGUCAAGAAAUAUUCCUUGUCAAGUUUGCCCUUGCCCUCUCACCAACCCAUCCAACCAAUUCGCCCGAACUUGCCAUCUGAGUUCAGACGGUCAACCCACGUGCGACUGCCCACCUGGAUACAUUGGUCGUAGAUGCCAACAAUGCGACACAGGGUAUCAGGGUAAUCCCCUUAGGCCUGGCGACAUGUGUAUCCCAUCGCAGCGUUGCGAUCCUAAUGGCAGUCUCAGUACGGUCGUAGAUCCUGUGACUAAACUCUGUCGAUGCAAGCAAUUUGCAACUGGUCCCACCUGUAACCAAUGUAAGGCAAACACAUUCAAUCUGGCCUCGGCGAAUCAAUUUGGCUGUAUCAGCUGCUUCUGCAUGGGUAUCACUAACAAAUGUGUAUCAUCCAACUGGUAUAGAAGUGAAAUUCGCGUCUCUUUCACCAACUCUAUCAGAGGUUUCUCGCUGAUCGAGUCAAAGACUCCUGACGCACCUCCCAUCGUCGAUGGCAUACGUCUAGACACCAUAUGGAGCAGAGAGAUCAUUUACGAUAACUUCCCUAAUCGUGGGAACAAUGAUGUUUACUACUGGCAGUUGCCUAAUAUCUUCUUAGGAGAUCAGAUUGCAUCUUAUGGUGGAAAUCUCAAAUAUACUAUCCGUUAUGUCCCAGCACCCGGUGGUCAAAGUUCUAGGAAUAAUGCAGCUGAUGUUGAACUGAUUAGCGCUAAUGACAUCAAUUUGUUAUACUUCUCCCGGGAAUCCCCCGAACCGAACACACCGCAAACAUUCACUGUACCACUGUUAGAACAAUAUUGGCAACGCAACGAUGGAACUAAAGCUGAGAGAGAUCUUUUGUUAAUGGCUUUGGCUGACGUAAGGGCAAUUCGAAUCAAGGCUACUUACACAACCCACACCGACGAAGCUGCAUUGUCUCUAGUGUCCCUAGACUCAGCUGAAAAGCAUAAUACAGGAAAAUCUCGAGCAGUAGAGGUAGAGGAAUGUAGCUGUCCACCUGGAUACAAAGGUCUCUCCUGCGAAGAUUGUGACGUGGGAUACACCAGAGCAAACGAAGGCCUCUAUCUGGGCAUUUGCGAACCUUGCAAUUGCAAUGGUCACUCCAACCAUUGCAAUCCUGACACUGGAGUAUGCGAGCAUUGUGCACACCACACCACUGGCGACUUCUGCGAAGUCUGUGAACCAGGUUACGAGGGCGAUGCGACUCGGGGAACCCCCUACGAUUGCGACAGAAACCCAGGACCAAGUCCAUGCAACUGCAAUCCAGCUGGUUCGCGCAGCAGCUUCUGCAUAGGCAACCGAUGCGAUUGCAAACGAAACGUAGACGGCCCUGAAUGUAACAGAUGUCGACCUUCCACCUUUGGCUUGUCCGCAGACAACCCUGACGGAUGUAUCGAAUGUUACUGCAGUGGCGUGACCGAUCAGUGUCACGAAAGCUCGCUCUACGCGCAACAGAUACCUGUCUGGGUGUACGAUGUUCAGCAUGGUUUCACUCUGACCGACGCAACUAGGCAAGAGGUGAUCGACGACGGUUUCGAACUGAACAUUGCCAUGAAUGAAAUCGGUUACCGUUACUCGGCAGGCCGAGGCCGCAGACUCUUCUGGUCCCUUCCGCCAGUGUUGACUGGUAACAAGGUUAAAAGCUAUGGUGGCAAUCUUACACUGACCCAACACAUUACAGCAGCUCCCAAUUCCCUGAGUUACAAAGAUCAGGAUAUUAUUCUAAUUGGAAAUGGCAUUACUUUAUUCUGGACGAAUCCUGUGGAGAUACAACCUGAUGUUCCGAUGACAUAUUCAGUGCCUCUGAGAGAAUCAGAAUGGAAACGCCUGACCACAGAGGGGCCAAGAGUUGCUUCACGUCUAGACCUCAUGACUGUCCUCUCCAAUCUUGAAGCAAUUCUGGUCCGAGCAUCGCACAGUGAACGAAUGACAGCAACCUACAUCAGUGACAUUAGCUUAGACACAGCGGUAGAAGUGCCUGGAAGCAGAAGAGCCGUUCAAGUGGAAGUAUGCCGCUGUCCGACCGGCUACACCGGGACAUCCUGUGAAUCCUGCGCCAGAGGCUACUACAGAGACAUCGAGGACCGAUCAGUUAGCUAUUUAGGUUCCUGUCAGCCGUGCCCGUGCAACAGAAAUGAAGAGAGCUGCGAGAUCUCUAGGACUGGACAAGUGAAGUGCCACUGCCAGCCAGGAUACACAGGACAAUAUUGUCAAGACGAUGGUGAAGUGAUGGUAAGUCUAACGCCAAUGAUGGGUGAGGUAAAGCCGUUCUCGUGGAUAAUGUUCACCUGCAGUUACAAGUCUUCGAAACGAUUACGCAUUUCUUUUAAACUCUCGCCAUACCGUGGCGCGCCUUUAACCGCAACCAGCACCGCCCCUGGCCCCACCGUGACUACGGAGGAUGGAGCAUAUCGAACCUGGCACGUUUACGUUCAGCUAGAUCCUUGCAACGUGGAGUGCUUUAUCCAGAACAAUACCGACAAGGAACUGAUCAGGGUUGUGACAGCGGUUUUACCAGAGCAUACCAUUCCAACGACUACUGUGUCCUACCCCGCUAUCACUCCACCAACGAUAGUGGUCUACAUCAAGGGACCUGAGUUCCAAAUCGUUAAAACUGGAAGCACUGUCAGAUAUCACUGUUCCGGAAGAUCUUUGGACAAUGAAUCCGUGCAAGUGAAGUGGGAGAAAGAAGGUGGCCAAUUGCCUCCUGGAAGAAGCGUCGAUGACAGCCAUGGUCUCCUCAUCAUCAGAGACGUUAAAGUAUCAGACAGCGGCAUUUACGUAUGCGAAGUCAGCGACGGUGUACACAUUGCCUUCAAGAACGUCACCCUCACUGUUGGAAGUGCAAACCCAGUGUCUCCAAGAGCGGUAAUCGCGCCGCCGUCGUUAGAAGUGUCCGAAGGGGAGCCAGCUGAAUUCCGUUGUGACGCUAGCGGCAAUCCAACGCCUCAAAUUGAUUGGAUUCGCGUCCAAGGUAGCAUGAACCCUGAAGUGAUCAUACAGAAUGGAGUUUGGACAUUGAGAGCGGUAUCGAGGAACGAUGCAGCUGAGUACAAAUGCAUUGCUAGGAACAACGUUGGUGUGGACGAGAGGACCGCCAUUCUUUAUGUUAGAGAAAACCCCAACAAACCACCCGGAAAGGGCAGACCACCCACCAUCACUCCAUCAGAAUGGACAGGAACAGUUGGAGAAAUGAUCAGGAUAACCUGCACCCCCACUUUAAUCGCUAACGUCACUUGGACCAGGGAAGGGAACUUAUCGCUACCAUCCUCUGCCAGGCAACGCGACGGUGUGCUCAUCAUCAUGAACCCAAGCAUUUACGAUUCAGGCAUCUAUGUCUGUACAUCCGUCAGUUUCGUUGGAACUGAAGCUAGCAGCAUCAUCAACAUUAAUGUGCAGCCCAUGAGAGCAGCGCCCUCGGUCAAAGUGAAACCUGAGAAACAAACAGUCCCGCAAGGCAGUGUGGCUGAAGUGCGUUGUCUAACCAGCGGGGAGCCAGGUCUGCAGAUUAGGUGGAACAAGUAUCAGGAAGCAAUGAGUCCCAAUACUCAGCAGGUGGGCGACAGUCUAAGAAUAGUGAACGUACAAAUCUCUGACCGAGGAGUGUAUGUUUGCAAAGUGUCUGGACCUACUGGCAGCCAAGAAGCUAGCGCUAUCAUUGAAGUAGAACCUCGCGAAGCACCACGUUUGGAACUGUACCCUAUGGAGACGCAGGCGGUCAUUUUGGGAGGAUCAGCGGAUGUACAGUGCAGAGCAGUCGCUGGGACUCCAACGCCGGAGUUACACUGGUCCCGUAACGAUGGCAGACCAUUUGCUAAUAACAUCAAGCAACUUCCUGGCGGAGUGUUAAGACUGUCCAAUAUUACGAUCACUGAUGGCGGUGCCUAUAUUUGUUCCGCGACAAACUCUGUUGGUUCCACUUCAGCAAUAGCUUACAUAGAGGUGCAUACCCUGCCAGUGAUUAAUAUUACGCCCCAAUCUGGUAUCUUAAAUGUGAAACGAGGCGAGGAAGUGCGGCUGGUGUGCAGCGCGACCGGUAACCCGCAGCCGAACGUCGAAUGGAGCAAACAUGUGAAUGGAAUGCCGUUUUACAGCUCUACAUUGGACAUGAACCAGAAAAAUCCGUUGAGCGCCGUCUAUGAAAUAUUCUCUGUCUCACAUAACGACGAAGGUUCAUACACCUGCCACGCCAUGAACGCUGCUGGAAUGACGGAAGAAAGAGUCUAUAUUCACAUCGAGGACAAUGAGGUCUAUUCACCUUGCGGAGGAGACAUACCUUGCACUGAUGAUACGAACACACCUCCUCCUGAUUAUGAUCCUCCAGACAAGUACUUCAAGAUACCCAAUGGUGGCAAGGUGGAAAUGCGUUGUCAGGUGUACGUCUCCAGUGGAAACCACAUAUACUUAGACUGGAAGAGAAGUGAUCGUCGUCCCUUGCCGGAAGGCAACAUGGUCCACAAUGGAGUUUUAACCAUUCCUGCUGUAGACAAAAGUGCUGCUGGCGAAUACGUCUGCCUAGGCAUGGACCAAGCUGGAAAUGUUCUUUUCCGGGCAAAGUCUCAUCUUGAAGUAUCAUCACCACCUAGGAUUGUUUUGAAUCCACCUAGACAAACCGUAGGACCCGGUGAAAAUCCCUCUAUUGUCUGUAGCGCGACAGGGGAUGAACCAAUGAGCAUCGAAUGGGCUGCUAUAGGUCGAGAUCUUCCAUACAGUGUUUCCCAUGACCAUGGCAUCUUACAAUUCCAUGGAAUUACAUACUCAGAUGCUGGAAAGUAUGUUUGCAAAGCUUCCAAUGAGGCAGGAACUGCUGAAGCUGUAGCUGAAGUUUUGGUGAACGAACACCCGUACGAGGAAGCUGGUGUCAAAGCGGCUCAAAGGGACGUAGUUACUUACGCUGGUUCACCGGUACGCCUGCAGUGCCUAGUGCAAGAACGAGCUACCAUACACUGGAGCAGAGAGAAUCAAGGCUUGCCUGCGAACGCCAGAAUAGCGGAUGAUUACCUGGAAUUGCCACGAGCCAAACCAGAGGACAGUGGAAGAUACAUCUGCAGAAUCCAAACAGUCCAUGGAGUUUCCAGCGAUUACAUAAAUCUAAACGUGUCCCUAGUUAAUAUACCUCCGGAUUGCACACGAGCGAACCAAACGCAUUGCGGGCAAAGAGAGUGCAUAUGCGGCGUUCAAGGAUGCAUACUGUUGGAUUUCUCUUGCCACUUCAAUGUUCGGUACCUCAACAAUAACAGUGACUACUCCGACAACAUUGGGGGAAACCGUCACUAUCUUCAGCAACGACGCGCUACAGUCAUGCCUGCAGUUAGCGUAGAAGUAUCUCAAGACCCAGUGAAUAUUGGAGACACCAUUGACAUCCGUUGUGCUUGUACUGGUACCCAUAAUCCUCGUUACCACUGGUCUAGACCACAUCAUCUAAGCUUGCCACCCAAUGCUCAGGAAUAUGGAAACACGCUGAGACUUUCCAGUGUUACUGUAGACAACAGUGGACUCUACAGGUGUACAGCAGAAACACCUGAAGGCAUCUUCGAUCAAGAUUUUAAUCUCGUUGUUCAUGGUGGACACAACGAUGCACCAGCAAUUGAAACCAAAUAUGCUCCUUAUGGAUCCAGCAUAGAGAUGAACUGCAAACCUAAUCUUGAUCCACCUCUCCAAUUCCACUGGAGCAAGCUUGGAGGACUUCUACCACGCGACACCCAAGUUUUCGAGAGUAAAUGGAACCUGACCAAAGUCAAGGUAGAUGAUGCAGGCACUUAUAUUUGUACUGCGAACAAUGAUCAAGAGAGCAUAGAGAUACCAACAGUGCUAGUAGUGACAGGGGUAGUCCCUUACUUCAGUCAAGCACCAGAGAGUUUCAUAGCUUUGCCUCCUUUGCCUGACAGCUACUUGAAGUUCAACAUUGAGAUAUCAUUUAAACCUGAGAGCUAUGACGGCAUCAUUCUCUACAAUGAUGAAUCGAGCCAUGGAAAUGGUGACUUCGUUAUGCUGUCUUUGGUGAGGGGUUAUCCACACUUCAGCUUCGACCUUGGAUCAGGACCAACGGUUAUUCGUGCUGACAAGCCAGUGACUUUGAGCGAAUGGCACACGAUUAAACUCCAGCGUAACAGAAAAGAAGGAAGCAUGCUGGUUGAUGGAACUGGGCCUUACAAGGGAGUUGCAGUUGGUAGAAAGCAAGGAUUAGACGUGAAGGAACUGAUGUACAUAGGAGGAGUUCCAGCUGAUAACACCAUCAACAAGCAUGCGGAAGUAGUCAGUGGAUUCGUUGGAUGCAUCAGCAGACUGGUUAUUGGUGAAAAAGAAAUCGACUUGAACGGCAACCAGGCGAAGAACGUUGGAAUCACUAACUGUGAGACCUGCGCCGAAAAUCCUUGCAACAAUGGAGGUGUCUGCCAGGAAGCUGCUACCAAGAACGGAUACACCUGCCUUUGUCGAGCUGGUUACAGUGGAAAACACUGCGACUACGUUGGCCAAACCUGUUAUCCAGGUGCUUGCGGAGAAGGCAAAUGCGUGGAGAACGAAAGAGGCUUCGAUUGUUACUGCCCAUACGGAAAGACAGGCUCCAGAUGCGAGAAUUCGAUGAAGGUAUACGAACCAGCUUUCCAUGACGAUAAAUCAUUCGUCGCACACGACACGCCCAAAGCCCUCAGACGGGCGAGAAUGAGCACUACACACAGUCGAUUAAGAUCACGCAACGUACAAGUUAGAACGCCACGGUCGAGGCCACAUCACCACAAUAAUCUGCACCACACGAAACAUUAGUCCCCUUUUCACCAAAUCUGUGCACAUAUAGAAAAAAAAAGUCAUUUCUUCUAUUGAUUGAUAGUAAUCGUAGGAACAAAUCAAUUUAUAUAAUUGCUAUUUAUAGUUGUCAGUCAGCAUUAUAUACAUAUUAUAUAUAUAUUUUUUUUAUGAGAAUUUUAUUUACGUAUUAGAUUUCUCUUGUUUCUGCCUCAUAAGUGUCAUAGAUUGUGAGGAUGCUAGGCGUUUGCCAAGAGCCUGUAUAGUGAGUAAUUCCCUGGAAUGAACGUCAUGGUGCUGUAAUAUUAGAUUAUGAGUCGAUAUACUAAUUAUAUACUUUUAUAAAUAUAAAUUAUAUAUAUAUAUAUAUAUAUCAACCUAUUACGGUCUUGAAUAGGUAUUCUUCGCUGAAUCUGUGUUCUAGAAUCGCCGAGUUCUUAUAAGAACUUGGGAUUCCUCUUUUCUUUUUAAGAACAGCUCUCUUUUUUUGUGAGAAAGCUUGUAUAUGGAUAUACUUCCAAGACCGCAACGGGUUUUUUGUACAGCUUCUUGAAUAAUACACUUAAUGCAUUGUGUUAGUAAUGAUAAUUAUUAUUAAAAAUAAUAAGGCAUUAAUUAGGUCACUGCCAAAUGAAUUGCAUUUAACAGAAGACUCGAAGCUUAAGUGAUUUGUUGAAGUCACGGUAUUAAAUACGACUCCCACAAAACACGUCAUGCAUACAGACACGCACGUAUAUACACACACAUACACAUAUGUUUGUACUUACCUAUAAGAACCUACGUAGGUAACCGUGCCGAGGAAGUGUAUUUCAUGCCCGGAAUGACCUUUAAUAUAUUCGAUAGGCUUCAAGCAAUGCUAUAAGUAUAAAUACAUGUUUUGAAAUGCAAAUAAAAAUUGUUUUAA